UGGUCAUCCCCUGCACUGUCUGCAGUCUUUGGUCAUCCCCUGCACUGUCUGCAGUCUUUGGUCAUCCCCUGCACUGUCUGCAGUCUCUGGUCAUCUGUACUGUGUCCCUGUCUCUGGUCAUCUCCUGUACUGUGUCCGCAGUCUCUGGUCAUCUCCUGUACUGUGUCCGCAGUCUCUGGUCAUCUCCUGUACUGUGUCCGCAGUCUCUGGUCAUCUCCUGUACUAUGUCCACAGUCUCUGGCCAUCUCCUGUACUGUGUCCGCAGUCUCUGGUCAUCUCCUGUACUGUUUCCGCAGUCUCUGGUCAUCUCCCGUACUGUGUCCGCAGUCUCUGGUCAUCUCCCGUACUAUGUCCGCAGUCUCUGGUCAUCUCCUGUACUGUGUCCGCAGUCUCUGGUCAUCUCCUGUACUGUGUCCGCAGUCUCUGGUCAUCUCCUGUACUGUGUCCGCAGUCUCUGGUCAUCUCCUGUACUGUGUCCGCAGU